GCCCACUCACUCGCUUCACUCAAUCCGCCUUCUUCAAUGGCCCUUUUCCUCUCGUCCUCCAUUACUGUUCUCCUCCUCCUCUUCCUUCUCUCUUCUCUGUUCACUCCCUCCGCCGCCGGCGCUGAUCCAACGGCCAAGACUUUCAUCUUCCGCGUCGACGGCGGAUCCAAGCCGUCCGUUUUCCCCACACACUUCCAAUGGUACAAUUCCGAGUUCGCCGAGGCUCCUCGUAUCCUCCAUGUUUACGACAUCGUCUUCCAUGGCUUCUCUGCCAUGGUUACUCCCAAAGAGGCCCAGAUCCUCCGCAACCACCCGGCCGUCCUCGCUGUCUUUGAAGACCGCCGCCGUGAGCUUCACACGACCCGGUCCCCACAGUUUCUAGGACUACGAAACCAGCGGGGUCUCUGGUCCGAGUCUGAUUAUGGAUCUGAUGUUAUCAUCGGUUUCUUUGACACCGGAAUUUGGCCGGAGCGCCGGAGCUUCUCCGAUCUCAACUUGGGACCUGUCCCGAAGCGGUGGAGAGGCGUUUGCCAAAGCGGGAACAAGUUCGGACCGAAGAACUGUAAUCGGAAAAUCGUCGGGGCGAGAUUCUUCGCCAAGGGACAGCAAGCCGCCGUGAUCGGCGGAAUCAACGAGACGGUGGAGUUUCUCUCCACUCGCGACGCUGACGGACAUGGGACCCAUACUGCCUCGACCGCCGCCGGUCGUCACUCCUUUAGGGCUAGCAUGUCUGGUUAUGCUUCUGGCGUGGCGAAAGGCGUGGCUCCGAAGGCUCGCAUCGCCGCCUACAAGGUCUGUUGGAAGGACUCCGGCUGUCUCGAUUCCGACAUCCUCGCCGCCUUCGACGCCGCAGUGUCCGACGGCGUUGACGUCAUCUCCAUCUCCAUUGGCGGCGGAGACGGGAUCUCCUCGCCGUAUUACCUCGACCCAAUCGCCAUCGGCUCGUUCGCCGCCUAAAGGAAAACGAACGACGGACCCAACGGUAUGUCAGUGACUAACCUCUCGCCGUGGGUCACCACAGUCGGCGCGGGAACGAUCGACCGGAACUUCCCCGCUGACGUAAUCCUGGGAGACGGCCGCCGUCUCAGCGGCGUCUCUCUCUACUCUGGCGAGCCACUGAACGGAAAGAUGUUUCCGGUGGUUUACCCGGGGAAGACGGGGAUGUUGUCGCCUUCCCUGUGCAUGGAGAACUCGCUCGACCCGAGGCAUGUGAGAGGCAAAAUCGUGAUUUGCGACAGAGGGAGCAACCCUCGUGUGGCAAAGGGGCUCGUGGUGAAGAAAGCCGGCGGAGUUGGAAUGAUCCUCUCCAAUGGCGUCUCCAAUGGCGAAGGCUUGGUCGGGGACGCUCACCUUAUCCCCGCAUGCGCUGUCGGAUCGAGCGAGGGAGACAAGAUCAAAGCCUACGUUUCCACCCAUCCGAAUCCUGUGGCCACAAUCGAUUUCAGAGGGACUGUGAUGGGAAUCAAACCGGCUCCGGUGGUGGCUUCGUUCUCUGGCAGAGGACCGAACGGAUUAAACCCAGAGAUUUUGAAACCCGACCUGAUUUCUCCGGGGGUUAACAUCCUCGCCGCUUGGACCGAGGCCGUGGGUCCGACAGGGUUAAGCUCCGAUCCUCGGAAAACAGAGUUCAACAUCUUGUCGGGUACAUCCAUGGCGUGUCCUCACGUGAGCGGAGCCGCGGCGCUGCUCAAAUCAGCCCACCCAGACUGGAGCCCCGCCGCCGUGAGGUCCGCCAUGAUGACGACGGCGAGCCUCGUCGACCACAACGAGUCCACCGGAAAACAAUCCACGCCCUACGAUUUCGGGUCGGAUCAUCUCAACCUCGGUCGGGCGUUGGACCCGGGUCUCAUCUACGACAUAACCAACGACGACUACAUCACAUUUCUCUGCGCCAUAGGCUACGGACCAAACACAAUUCAGGUAAUAACACGGAAGCCGGCGAGAUGUCCGAAGCGGAAACCUUCGGCAGAGAAUCUGAAUUACCCGUCGAUCACAGCUUUAUUCCCUGUCUCAAGAAAAGGGUCAUUGAGUAAGACUAUUGUCCGAACAGUGAUGAACGUGGGCCAAGCAGAGGCUGUGUACCGAGUUAGGGUCGAGCCACCGAGGGGCGUGACCGUGACCGUGAAGCCCUCGAGGCUAGUGUUCACUCAAGCGAUCAAGAAACGGAGCUAUUUGGUAACAGUGACAUUGGACACAAGGAACAUCGUGAUGGGCGAGUCGGGUGCGGUGUUCGGGUCCGUGACCUGGUCCGAUGGUGUGAACCACGUGGUUCGAAGCCCCGUCGUGGUGACCCAAAGCGACCCGUUCCGAUGAAAUUUGCGUGAAUUUGGUUCGAUCAUGUCUUUUGAUCCAAAGUGUCACAAUGGUUUGUGUUUUGUGUGUACCGAACUGCCCACGAUGUAGUAGUAGUAGUAGUCAUAGAAGUUGCUCCUCAUAGUUAUAGUUAAGGUUGUUUUAUUUGUCAUAAUGUUUCUUUUUCGGGUAAUCUUAUUUUCUCAUAUAUCUUUUUUUUUUGGUAAAAGGUAUAUAUUCGAUCCGAUUUCCUUA